GACGAGAGGUAGAAACGACACGUCGUUAAUAUUGUCAUCAAAAUACCGUCGGAUCUGAAAUCUCAAUCUCUUUAUUCUGCUAAAAAUCCUUUUCUCUUUUCCUGUUUGGUGGAUUUGCAGGGUUUUAUCAUUUAUGCGUAUAGAAUUAGUUAAUUGUUGGUAUAAUCUUCGCUCAAGGAUAGAGCACGAGAAGUUAGGUCGUUAGCAGUGGUAUGUGUUGGCGAUGGUUGUUGAGCUGUAAAAUCCUUAGAAAGAUUAGUUUAGGCAUGAGAUUUUACGGUGGAUGGCUCCUUUGUCUCUCUCUGCUACUUGUCAUUUUCCAUAUCUUCUCCGUUGUCGAAUUUCAUCCCAACUCCGUUAUAGAAGGUGGCCCCAAUAAACGAAAUAAAAAGUCUGAUCAUCUGCUUCUUGGUCCUGCUGCCGGGCAAGGCUUGCCUAAUCGAUUGCAAUGCCAAGGCCCAGGCUCUAAAGCUCUCAACAAGACCCAUUUGCUAACCUCUCCCAGUGCCUCUAAUGUUGGAGAUAGAAUUGUUUUUGUCACCAUGUUUACCAUUUACAACACUUCAUUGGAUUCACAUGCUGACAGUAAAUCAUCAAAUCUUGUUACUGUUGGGAAUGUUUCAUACACUAAGACAGAGAGGUCAAUGGCCAUUUUGAAUGUCUUCAUUAAUUUUAUCCAGGUGACAAUGCCUCGGAGCAGUGUUAUCAUUCUUACUGAUCCAGAAUCUGAUCUCUUGCUGCAAAGAAAUAAAGUCACUUUGUAUCCCAUUCAGGGUGAAUAUUCUAGGGAGAAGUUAAUGCUUCAAAGAAUCAGAUCUUACAUUACUUUUCUAAACACAAGGCUGAAGGAACUUGCUCAGAACCCAAGGCAUACAAGUCAUUACAUCUUCACGGACUCAGAUAUAGCUGUGGUUGAUGACUUGGAACACAUUUUUCAAAAGUUCCCAAAAUUUCACAUGGCCCUAACCUUCAGGAACAACAAGGAGCAACCUUUAAAUUCUGGAUUUAUAGCAGUAAGAGGGACCCCUAAGUCGAUUUUAAGGGCAAAAAUCUUCCUUCAAGAAGUACUUGAAGUUUACACUUCAAAGUACAUGAGUGCUUCUCGAAUGCUUGGGGAUCAGUUAGCUCUUGCCUGGGUCAUAAAAUCUGACCCCAAUUUUGAUUUGCGGAGAUUUAGCAAAGCACGGGCCUUUUUAGCAGAAAUUGGUGGUGCUUCAGUGCUAUUCCUACCAUGUGCUACAUACAAUUGGACACCACCUGAGGGGGCUGGUCAAUUUCGAGGAAUGCCCCUGGAUGUGAAGGUGGUGCAUUUUAAAGGAUCAAGGAAACGUUUAAUGCUCGAGUCAUGGAACUUCUUCAGUUCUGCUUCUGACAUUUCUGAUAUGUUGUGCCUUAUUUUAAUGAGCGGGAGAACUAAGUACGAUUUUUGAGAUACGAUUUGUGGUUAUGUGGGUUGUGGACCUUCUGAUUUCCCUGAAAGGAACUUGACUGAAUUUUUCUUCUUUUAUUUAUUUAUUUUUUUUUUGAAUUUAAAGUCUUUUUUUUAACAAGUAUAUAACUUACCUACGAGAGAGGCCAUGGAACGGUUCUAUCAAAUAAGUUUUAGCAUUAAUGCUAUGUAUAUGACAAUUUAGACGGAACAUAUGGUCUUGCAAGGUCCAACGAAUCGAAGUAGCUUUAAAAAGAUCUAUGAUGUAAUUAUGUAUCGUGGAAAGGUCAAGUUAUUUCCAAUAUCACGGGAUGUACAAUUUUUGUGAAUA